GCGACGGUCGCAAAAACGCUGAACGCUGAAGGCACACAGCGGUCAUACGAAAGCGAGAGUGGUUGUGUGUGAGCUGCAAAAGAAGUACAUAAAUAAACGCGAAAGCGAAUGUGAAUGCGAAAGUAAAAAUAAAAGUGAACGAAAAGUGUAAGGGAAUGACGUGCAUAUCCGCAGUGCGGUGAAGUACAUAUUAUGUACAUAGCUCCGUUCAAGAAAAUUACUUAUUCUUAGUUAAUGUAACCAACUAAGAGACUAAAGUAACAAAAAGUCGAAGUGACGUAAGUGACAACAGCACGAACAAAAUAUUAGUAAAAAAGCAACAAAAACCUCUUUAAUUAAAAUCAAUUAAAAUAAGUGUAAAUAAAGUAAACCAAAAACGACGUAGUACCACUCACCAGCGAAUUGUAACAAACAACAACAGAAAAGCCUCAAUUAAUAAAACAAAAAAUGUGGUUUAUUUGCCGAAAAUACAACAACAACAUUUUUGCCAUUUUACUGCUACAAAUUUUUCUACUGCUAAGCUGUCAUGCGGAUUAUGCAGUUGCGCAGCGCAAAAACGACACCAAUCAGGUGUACGUCACCGAAUCGUGUCUGGAAAAGCCAUAUCGUUGCCCACAUCCGAAAAUACAAUUCUACCUCUAUACGCGCCGCACUCAAGAGCAUCCCGAAUUCAUCGAUGUGCUGGACGACAAUGCGCUCUACUACACCCACUUCAAUCCGCGGCAUCCCACCAAAAUUAUAAUACACGGCUUCGGUGGCGGCCGCAACAAUAGCCCCAGCCCAGAUUUGCGUGAAGCCUACUUCACCAUAGGCGAUUAUAAUAUCAUCAUUGUAGACUAUGCUGAUGCGGUGAAAGAGCCCUGCCUCAGUCAAAUGGAAUGGGCUCCACGCUUUGGCAGCCUAUGCAUUUCACAGUUGGUCAAGUAUUUGGCGCGUCAUCCGCGUGGCGUAAAGCCGGAUGAUUUGCAUUUGAUCGGUUACAGCGUGGGCGCGCAUAUUGCCGGACUUAUGGCGAACUAUUUGAAGCCGAGCGAAGGUAAGUUGGGACGCAUCACCGCUUUGGAUCCGACGAUUUUCUUCUAUGCGGGCACAAAUAACUCGCGCGAUUUGGAUUCGAGCGAUGCUAACUUUGUCGAUGUGCUGCACACAGGCGCCGGUAUUUUGGGUCAGUGGCACUCGAGUGGACAUGCGGACUUCUACGUGAAUGGUGGCACGCGGCAGCCAGCCUGUGUGGGUUCACCGACGCUAUUUCAAACGCUGGCCUGUGACCAUACGAAGGUCACUCCUUACUUCAUUGAGUCGAUAACGACGACGCGUGGUUUCUAUGCUGGCCCUUGUCCGAAUCUUUUCACCUACCUGAUAGGUUGGUGUGAUCCAAAGGACUCGGAAUAUGUGGUGAUGGGUGAACACGUUUCGCAUGAGGCUCGAGGAAAUUACUAUGUUACUACGAAUGCCAAACCACCAUAUGCGCGAGGCUUUCCAGGCAAAGGACGCAGUGCAAAUAAUGGCGAGUAUCAAGGCGUGCGGAGAUAAUCUAAAAUACCUAUUUUAUUGUUUUUUAUAAACUUAUAUGCUUUUGUACAUAUAUACAUUAGUAUGUAAACAGUUGCU